CACUAAGAUGCUAAGGAGCCUUCCAUUCAAAUCAUCAGAAGAAGGGAGUUCGGAGGUCAUCGCCGCAUCGUCGCUAGUGUGUGGCUAGCAUUUAGCGCUCGUUCUUUCAUUAUGGCAAAACAUCACCCUGAUUUGAUUUUUUGCAGGAAACAGGCUGGAGUUGCCAUUGGAAGACUAUGUGAAAAAUGUGAUGGCAAAUGUGUUAUAUGUGACUCUUAUGUCAGGCCCUGUACACUAGUUCGUAUUUGUGAUGAAUGCAACUAUGGGUCUUACCAAGGGCGCUGUGUGAUUUGUGGAGGUCCUGGAGUAUCUGAUGCCUACUACUGCAAAGAGUGCACCAUCCAGGAGAAAGACAGGGAUGGCUGCCCCAAGAUCGUGAACCUUGGCAGCUCGAAGACUGACCUUUUCUAUGAGAGAAAAAAAUACGGCUUCAAGAAGAGGUGAAGAAACAGGGAUUUUAUGUCACAGUAGUUUUUCCAUGCACAAGUUUUCCAUUUUGUUAUCAGACUUGUUGUUACAAUAAAUUUUUUUAAUGUUGUGAUGAA